AUGCUUCGUGCUCGUGGUGGGUUUACGCUGCCGGAGGCGCGGGAUAUGAUUGAUGAGGAAGAUCUCGCGGAUGUGCUCCAGUCGGAUCUUCGCUAUCCUGUUGUCGCUAAGCCGGUUAGAGGACGGGGGAGUUAUGGUGUGAGAGUUUGUCGCUCCGAAGAGGAACUGAUCGACCAUUGCGGCGAUUUACUGGGAGAGGAUGCGUCCGUCAUCGUCGAAGACUUUCUUGCGGGUCAGGAAGUCACUGUUACUGUGAUGCCGCCUGCGCCUGCAACGGGACGGGAUGGGUAUUGGGCGAUGCCGGUUGUGGAACGGUUUAAUCACGCUGAUGGUAUUGCACCAUACAAUGGCAUCGUUGCUGUGCUUCAGAACUCUCGCUGUCUUUCCAAAGGCGAACACAUAGCCGAUCCACACUAUGUCGACGCUCGUCGGUUCACGGAGGAUGUGUCGUCACCGUUCGCUCUAUUUGAUGUCAAUAUGAAACCGAACAUGACAGGUCCCGGUAGGCCUGGUAGAGAGAACCAAGCCAGCCUGACGGCACUGGCUGCUGCUGGAAUGGGAUGGGACUAUCCGACUCUGCUGUUGAAGAUACUCGAGUCGAGCAGUUCGCUGCGUGAUCUGAGGAGUGUUACACCGUUGCAUGUCAGUGGCAAGUGA